ACUGCACUCCCACCUUACCUUGAAACAAAGAGGACCAAGGAUGAGCUGCUGGGCGGUCCUGCUGCUGCUGGUCACCGCAGCCACCGCGGUCCCCGUGAAGACCCCUGAGCCCUACGAGAAGGUCAUUGCCCGGGCCAUCGACUUCUACAACCAAGGGCCGACAGUGAAAUACGCCUUCCGCCUUCUUACAUCCAGCCCUCCGCCUGAAGUGCUGGUCAGAGACUGCUCAGGACACUUCUCCACCCAGGAAGCAUGCCCUGUCAUCGCGAUCACCUGUGACGUCGCCCCUCCGCAGCCCGUUCGCGUCACCAGGUGGUGGCCCCUUGUGCGCAUAGGCGCAAAAAUCCUCGGUCAUGGCAUUUCCUUUUUCCACAAUAAGGGUUAAUCCAGAGAGCGAGGAGGGGAACCCAAGCUUGGCAGACGAGCCCGUGACCCAUGCUGGAAGCUUACCAGGAAUCAAGGCGCAAGUCAGAACCGCCUCAUGGAUCACACUUUUCCUCACGGCCUAGCUACCCCCUUAGUCCAAUUGCAUCUGCUAAGGCUUCUCUGUACAAUAAAUGGCUGUUCGCAGA